CCAAGCCCGCCGCUCCAGUAUAAAUUCUCCCCCGGGGAAGACGAAGCCCAACACUCACCUCGGCCUCACCCUUCUUCCCAUAUCAAUCGCAUUCUCCAGGACCCAAUCCAGGGCUCCCGCUGUCCACGUUGAGCUCAAGCGGAGAUGGCGACCGCCUCGCUCCAACUGCUCGAUCAGAAGCUGCUGCCGUCACUGGCGGCGCUCGGCGGCUCCGACCGCCUCAGCCAGGAGAUCUUCUCCAUCCUCGAGUCCAACUUCCUGUUCGGCGCGUCGCCGCUGGAGGGUUCCUGCUCCGUGGGCCGCGUCCGCGUGCUCUCCAUCGACGGCGGAGCCGACGGCGGCGCGCUGGCAGCGGCCGCGCUGGCCCGCCUCGAGCGCAGGCUGCAGGAGCUCUCCGGCGACCCCGACGCGCGCGUCGCGGACUUCUUCGACCUGGCCGCCGGCUCCGGCGUGGGAGGCUUCCUCGCGGCGGCGCUGUUCGCGUGCCGGAUGCCCGCCGAGGCGGCGCGCGACGUCGUGGCCAAGAACCGGAAGGUGCUGUCGGGGCGCGGCGGGCGGGGCGGGCUGUUCCGGCGCCCGGAGGCCGUGUUCAGGAAGGUGUUCGGGGACCUGACCGUGCGCGACGCCGCGAAGCCGCUGCUGAUCCCGUGCUACGACAUGGCGAGCGCGGCGCCGUUCGUGUUCUCCCGCGCCGACGCCGUGGAGGCGGAGGCGUUCGACUUCCCGCUGUGGCAGGUCUGCGCGGCGGCGUGCGGGGUCGGCCCCGCGGAGGUGGCGUCGCUGGACGGGCGCACCAGGCUGCGCGCCGCGGCGGGCGCGGGCGCGGGAGGGGGCGGCGCCUCCGCCUCCGUGGCCAACCCGACGGCCGUGGCCGUCACGCACGUGCUCCACAACAAGCGCGAGUUCCCCUUGGCCGCCGGCGCGGGCGACCUCGUGGUGCUGUCGCUCGGCGGGAGCGCCGCCGCCUCGCUCGUCCGCCCCUCGUCCUCCAGCCUCCUGCGCAUCGCCGGAGCUUGCCAGGCCGACAUGGUGGACCAAGCCGUGUCGAUGGCGUUCGGGGAGAGCAGGGCCAGCAACUACGUCCGCAUCCAGGGCAACGGCAUCGCCCCCGGCGGCGAGACGGCGGAGGCGGCGCUGGCGGAGCGUGCCGUGGAGUCGGUGCUGUUCCGCGGGAGGAAGGUGAUGGCGCAGACCAACGGCGAGCGGCUGGACGGCGUGGCCGAGCAGCUGGUGCGGGAGCACCACCGGCGGCUGGAGAGCAAGGCGCCCGUGGUGCUCGUGAAGCCCUCCGCGACGCCGCGGACGUCGUCGUCGUCGGCGUCCACGCUCAUCACCGUGUCCACCAACUCCUCCUCGGAGUCGCCCUGAGCCGCCGAGACCCGAGGCAGCAGCAGCAGCACCUUGGCCGCCUUCUUUUCUUUCUUUUCCGUUUUAUUUAUGCGUUUGCCGGGGUUUUUAGUCUAGCGCGGCGCCGGCGCUCGGGGUUUUGUUUGCCUGCCGGCGCCGCCUCGCUCCCGGUCCCCGGCCCGCGCUCGCCGACGGCCGCCGGGAAGAAAGAGGAGGGCCGUCGAGCCAAGGUGUUCUCUCGUAGAGCUAGGAGAUGGAUGCACUGUGUGGGUGUGUGUGCGGUGUGCCUGAAAUUGCAAUGUACUACUAGAGUGUAGAGAGUGUCCGGAGCUUGGAUUGCGAUGUGAUGCUACUGUCGGUGUGGCGUUUACUGAUCACGUACAGCUGCUCUCUUGUCCGUGCGGUUUUUCACCGCCGAACUUGAACUGUAAAUUUUGGCCCCCUUUUUUA